AAAAUUAUCGAAACGUAUCGGUAGAGCAACCAGCGCAUCACUAACAAAGUUGAUGCUUCGUUUGUUUUUGUUUGCGUUUGGUGUUUCAAAAAUGGAAAAUAGCGAAAGCGAAAGAAAGUGGACACAUGAGCAAAAGAAACGUCUGCUCAAUACAAGGCUGCGUAAUGAAGGGGAACUCUGUGCCAAACGCAAGAAGCGGUCCGUUUUAUGGGAAAAAGUCUUGCGAGAAAUCAAAGAAGUGGAUAGUGACUUCCCGUUCUCUCGGGAUGAUAUAACAAGAAAAUUUCUAAACUUUACGGUCACUUAUAAACGCAUUAAAAAGCGAAACAACACAUCCGGCGAAGCAGCGACGACAUGGGAGUUUUUCGAUGAAAUGGACGAGGUUUAUUGUUGCCGGAGUGACGUUGUUGUGCCGGAAGGAAAUUUGGAAUGUUCACUGAUUGAAAUACUUUCUGGGACAAACGAGAAUAGUGAAUAUGAAAAAGAACCCGAUACUUCAUCACCGGAACCAAAAGCUAAAAAAAUGAAAAACGAAGUUCUAGAAUUUUUACAAAAAGAGGCUGAUAGUGACAAAGAAACGCUGAAAAAUUUUAUGGAUCUGGAAGAAAGAAAGCUAGAGGUGGAAAAAGAGAAAUUGGAAGAAAUGCGCAAUUUGCGUUUUUUGUUGGGCGGUUUGGUAAAUAACAAGUAGGAUUUAUACAUUUUUUUAAUAACAUACAUGAAUGAAUGAAAAUAAUUCUUUCUGAAAUAAUUUACGUUCUUUAUAGUUUACCAUGCAAAGCGCUUGUCAAAAUAAUAGCACCUCAACAUUUUGACAAGUUUGGAUUAUUUUUCUAUUGUUUAUUUAAUGUUCAUAAACUGUUUAUAAAAGUAGAUCUCAUUAUAUAACAAAAAACAAAUUUCAAACUUUGUACAAAAAUUAAAAAACAGGCUUUUUCAUUAGAACUUCCAGUUUUUGUUACAAAUGAGCUAUACUUUUAUACACAUUUUAUGAACAUUAAAUAAAAAAUAGUCAAAUCUAGUCAAAAUGUUGAGGUGGUAUUAUUUUGAGAAAAGUUAUAUAUUGUUAAUUUUUUAUAACUACAACUGUACCUAAAAACGUACAUAAAAAAGUACAUAAAACGAAUUAAACUGAAAUAAUUUGCGCUAUUAGAAGUUAACUAGUCAACAGGUUUUAUGUUAUUUUUAUAAACACACCUGUGCACUUAUGCACAUAUGUAUGUGAGUAUUUAAUGUACCUAUUAAUGAAUUUGUUUUUGAAACAAAGGUAUAAGCACAAAUUUUAACUUGUGUAAUCCUACCAAUUCAAAGGCAUACAUAUUACUUCAAUGCAUAUGUAUUUGUAAUACCAACCACAGAUUGAAUAAAAUUUUUUUAUUUAUUGAAUGAAAUUUGCUGGUUUUUAACUAUACUUUCGUUUGUACAUGUGUAUGUGUGAACAGCUAUGGCCAAAAUAAUAGAAACACGACAUU